GUGGGGGAUGGGUAGAGUUGUCAGAAAGAACCGAAAGUAGCCGGGGAAGGUGAAGGGAGAGACCAGCUGGCUCGGGCAGUGAGACUUUGGCCGACGGGGUGCUUGUUGAAGGGAUGUGCAGGCAAAGAUAACACGGCAACAUGCCAGCUUUACCGCUGGAUGAGCUCCAGUUUACUGAGAAGGAUUCGCUGACUGGGAGGUUGAAAACAUUGCCUGCACUGCAUCCAGAAAAGAAAACAGAGCGCUCUUUUGUGCUCUAUAAGCCACCACCUAAAGCCAGAGAUCCUGCAUUGCUGGAGGAAUUCUUAGAACGGGCCAAGUUCAUUGCAGAUGAUCUGGAUUGGCUUUUGGCUCUGCCGCAUGAUAAAUUCUGGUGCCAGGUAGUAUUUGAUGAGAUGCUCCAGAAAUGUUUGGAUUCGUACUUGCGUCACGCCCCUCGCAAGUUCGAUAUGGUAGUAGAUUUGCCUCCAGAAGUGAAUGACAUAACGAAGCGCCUCCACCGGAAUGUUUUCCUAACUUUCCUACGAAUGUCAACCCACAAAGAAUCCAAAGAUCAUUUCAUCACACCAUCUGUUUUUGGAGAAAUUCUUUACAAUAACUUCUUGUUUGAUAUUCCCAAAAUUCUGGAUCUGUGUGUGCUCUUUGGAAAAGGCAACAGUGCUCUACUCCACAAAAUGAUUGAAAACAUCUUUACUCAGCAGCCAAGCUACUUCAGUGACUUGGAUGAAACUGUGCCUACAGUCCUUCAGGUAUUCAACAACAUUCUGCACACGUGUGGCUUGCAAUGUGAAGGAACCUCUGCUGAGCCACAGAAACUGGUGGAAAGGAUGACUCUAGGGGACAUGCCUCUGCAGGAGCUGAAGGACAUUGUGCUGUACUUGUGUGAUACUUGUAUCACCCUUUGGGCCUUUCUGGAUGUGUUUCCAUUGGCUUGCCAAACAUUCCAACAGCAUGACUUCUGUAACCGGCUUGCUUCUUUUUAUGAGCUGGUGAUGCCUGAGCUGGAGUCAGUAAUUAAGAAGAGAAGACAAGAGAACAGCAGUUUACUUCUGGACUUGUGGAAGAGGCUGUCUCAUUCUAGAAAGAAAGUGGUGGAAGUUUUCCAUAUCAUUGUUAACCAGGUGUGCCUUCAGCCUAUUUUGGAAAGCAGCUAUGAUAAUGUUCAGCCCUUUGUUGAAGAGUUCCUACAGAUCUUUACCUCAGUACUUCAAGAGAGGAGGUUUCUCCGUGACUAUGAUGAGAUGUUUCCCGUUGCAGACGACGUGAGUCUCCUCCAGCAAGCUUCCUCCAGUUUGGAUGAGACCCGGACAACUUACAUUCUGCAAGCUGUGGAAAGUGCCUGGGAGGGAGUGGACAGGAGGGAAAAAGUGACGCAAGGCCCAUCCAUGCCAGCAGAAAUAGCUGGAGCUUCAGCAAUUCCGACCAGUGCCAGCGAGAGAUUGGAGAGGCUCGGAGAAGAUCCUGUGGAGUGUGCUGGAGCAGCUGCCAUGCCAGCAGCCAGGGUCUCGGGGGUAGAGCUGGAUUCUCUCAUCUCCCAAGUGAAAGAUUUGCUCCCUGAUCUUGGAGAGGGCUUUGUCCUGGCCUGCCUGGAAGAAUACAGCUAUGAUGUUGAACAAGUGAUUAACAACAUUCUUGAAGACAAGCUGGUGCCAUCCCUGAAGAUGCUGGACCGGGUGAUGCCCAGGCCAGUGAAGCAAGAUCCAACCCCCCUAGUCUCUGCACGAUGCAAUAUUUUCCAGGAUGAUGAAUUUGAUGUUUUCCCUAAAGAUUCUGUGGACAAUAUUCUGAGGAUACAGAAAGUAGCAAAAGAGCGUGACAGAGUCACGACAAAAGGUUUACUGAAUGACAAGAGCAUUGUGGCUGAGCAGAGGGAGCGCUACCGCCAGUACUCUGUGAUAGUGGAGGAGGUUGCAGUGCAGAGUGGAGAAGGCCUUCUCUACCAGGACACUUACGAGGAUGAAUACGAUGAUACCUAUGAUGGCAACCAGGUGGGAGCAAAUGAUGCUGAUUCGGACGAUGAGCUAAUCAGUAGAAGGCCGUUUACCAUUCCUCAGGUCCUGAGAUCAAAAGACCAGGAAGAGGACGAAGAAGAGGAGGAGGAAGAAAAAGUGGAAACAAAUGCAAAGGAAGCUGCAAAGGACCAUUUUGUGCAGGACCCAGCGGUGCUGAGGGAGAGAGCUGAAGCCAGGCGGAUGACUUUCCUCGCAAAGAAAGGGUAUAAGCCAGACAACUCAGCAGCUGUUGUCGGUGGCGCCAAAGGACAUGGCCAGAGUCGAGAGACAGUACAGGAGCGGAGGAAGAAAGAAGCCAGCAAAGGGGCGAGGGCAAACCAUAACCGGCGAGCCAUGGCUGACAGAAAGCGUAACAAAGGCAUGAUCCCAUCCUGAAGGCCGGGAGAAGGGAGCCUGUAGUUACAUCAUGGAAGGCAUCAUGCUCCCAAAUUUAGGGUUCCUGCCUUCAAACCUGACUCUGGUUACUGCCCAGUGUACAUAACACAUUUGAGCUCAUUACACAGGAGAACUGCAACCACUGUGUGUCAUGAUCUUUAUAGUGAUGGCUCAAAAUACUUGUAUUCGCACUCAAGGAACCUUGCUGUUCUUUCAGCUGUCCUCCAGGUUCUGUUUUGGUACGGUGAACGUAAAUGCCUUUGUCCAUUCGGCCAAAUUCCAUUCAGCCCAGCAGUGUUUCAAGCAGCCAAAAGCAGGAUGCCACCUAAACAGGGCACGAAGACAACGGGCAGCCCCUGUUGUUUUGCCUUUAACGUCUGUUAUUCAGAGGUGUGGUAUUUCCAGACAGGGGGUUCCAUUUGGCCAUCAUAGCUGUGUUGGCAGACAGAUAGGAUAGCCUUAGCUCUCUUUUAAAGAAGUCUAAGCUAAUAGCUGUUAUAUCAGGUGUGUGCAUUGUCCCAGAGUAAUGCCUUGGUCUCAGUUCUGAAGUGACUAUUCAUCACUUUUAUCACUUUCAUUGAGGUGACUUCUGGGAUCCAGCAUUACAAGGGAUGAAAACUUCCAUCGGGAUUGGACUAGAUGAUAUGUUCACAGCCUAUUUUUAAAAAAUUGUCCCUUGCUAAUAAAAUGAAAAAUCCAAGGACAGCAAAAAUUGA